GGGCGGCGGGCGCGAUGGGAGGAGAGGGGAUCUGACGUCAGGUCGCGAGGUGCUUUCCAGCCGCGAGCUGUCAGGCGGGUGUCAGACCCGGCAGGUACGAGGCGCGCUCCCCCGGCGCCCCCCGCCCCGGCCGGGCCGUCCCGCACCCCACUGAGGCCGCGUGGGCCGGGAAGCCGCCGGGGAAGGCUUCCCAGAGGUCCAGCCUAGCCCCUAGGCACCACCAUGUCGGACAGCGAUCUAGGUGAGGACGAAGGCCUUCUGUCACUGGCCGGCAAGAGGAAGCGCAGGGGGAACCUGCCCAAGGAGUCGGUGAAGAUCCUCCGGGACUGGCUAUAUCUGCACCGCUACAACGCCUACCCCUCAGAGCAGGAAAAGCUAAGUCUCUCAGGGCAGACCAACCUCUCGGUGCUACAGAUAUGUAACUGGUUCAUCAACGCCCGCCGUCGCCUUCUCCCAGACAUGCUUCGGAAGGAUGGCAAAGACCCCAAUCAGUUCACCAUUUCCCGUCGUGGGGGUAAGGCCUCUGAUGUGGCUCUCCCCAGGGGCAGCAGUCCCUCCCUGCUGGCUGUGUCUGUACCAGCCCCCACCAACGUGCUCUCCUUGUCCGUGUGCUCCAUGCCGCUCCACUCGAGCCAAGGUGAAAAGCCAGCAGUCCCCUUCCCCCAGAUGGAGCUGGAAUCCCCUAAGGCCCUGGUGACCCCUGGGAGCACACUCACUCUGCUGACUAGGGCCGAGGCUGGAAGCCCCACAGGUGGACUCUUCAAUACGCCGCCACCCACACCCCCAGAGCAGGACAAGGAAGACUUCAGUAGCUUCCAGUUGCUGGUGGAGGUGGCACUGCAGAGGGCUGCGGAGAUGGAGCUUCAGAAGCAGCAGGGUCCAGCACCCCCGUUACUACACACUUCCCUCCCUCUGGUCUCGGAAAACGCCAAGUAGACACCUGCUAGCAGGCUGCUUGAGGCUCAGGCCAGCUGUCCCAGGUUCCUGGUUCACUUCUCUUUCACACAGAGGGUUAUCUACGGAUCACUGCCAAGCAUCUGGAUCAUCUCUGUCCAGAGGUCCUCAGCAGAAAGACAGCAGCUGGUGUCACUGCACUGUUAUGAGGGCCUGUAUUCUGCUGACUACAUUCCUUCAAACUUCCUCUCUGAGGAGACCAAGGCACCAAAGCCAGGCAUGGUGUUGCUGCUGCUUCCCCAGAGAGCCCUGGGACACCUGCACUCCAGCCUGCUUUCCUAGGCAGGCUCAGGUACCCUGCCAAGUUCAGACUUGAGCUAGGUCCAAGCUGCCCCUAAGCUGUGCCUCUUUUGGUCAUGCCCCGUGUGCACAUUCCAACUUACUCAAAGGACAAAGGAAAAGAACCAGCAGACAUCACAAAACCGACUCCAGUUGAAUGUUUAGGUUUUUGCUAAAUUGUUUAUUUUCCUUUUGCUGUGCUUUGCAUUGAUGGCAGUAGGGAGCCCGGAAGCACGGGUGUGGGGAGAGCGCACCUUAUCCGAUGAAGCUUUGUAAACGGGGUGAUCUACCACUGCACUGGGGUGACUGUGUAAGGGACCAGCAGGAUCUCUGCAGCCGUGCUCAGUUCCACCUGAAGUGGUUGUUUGAUUCUUGGUUUGGAUUACUCUCAUAAAAGACAGAUGGAAAUACCUACGGGUGGUGGAUUUUUUGCACCAGGCCCAGAAGGGGAUAAAGCCGAAACCAAGUCCACCUGAACCAGACAGCCAUCUAGACCGACACAGCAGAGACAGAGAAAAAGCCAGAGACACGUUGGGUUUUUUGUUUCUGUGGUUUUUUUGUUUGUUUGUUUUUUUGUUUUGUUUUUUAUAUUGGGGUGGUUAAGCUAGACUGAAGCAGUUUUUGUUUUCUCUCCCAUUUGGGUGUCAUUUUUUCCCUUCAGCCCCCCCUCCCUUCCCUUUUUUUUUUUUUUUUUUUGUAGCCUGUUUGGAUUCAUUCAAGAAUUUUACCAGUUGUCAAAAGCACCAGCAUCUCCUACUUUGGGAAAAGUGAGCCAUCUGCUGGUCAGGAGGCCCUUCAAACACACCACUUGUUCCACAAAGGUAGCUAGAACUUCCUGAGGGAAAGGGCCAGUGCAGCCACAGAUGGCCCAACACCUGGGAAUUGUAAGGGCCUGCCUAGCUUUCUCCGGGAAACAGAUCACAUGUGUUCUUAAUCUCUCUCCUCCCUCCCUCCCUUUUUUUACUUUGUCAUUUUUGUUAGUUUUCAGCAAGUUUACCCCAUCUUUAUAUAUCCUAAGAAACACUAAUCCUAGGUUUUAUUAACCAAAAUAUUUGUGUUCUGAAUAACCAGAUUUGAAGAGCUCUGACUGUAAUUUCCUGACGUUUACUAGGUUGUGAACAAAGAAGGGGCUCCUGGGUGUUCGCUGACUUGGAGUGCCUGUCACAGAUACACCACUCUGGCCUUUCUUAGGGAGCCCCUGCCAUUCUUACAGGCUUCCCUACCUCUCCUAAGUGGCUUAGCCCCAUCCCUUGCUGUGCAAGUGAGAGCUGAGAGAGUUGUUGUUUGUGGGGGGUUGCUUUCCUAAACUGGAUCUCCUGCUUCCCUCCAGGGGAUCUAGCAUCCUCAUCCCUUCCAGGCAUUUCUGGGGAAGGAUUAACAUGGCAGCUUCAUAGAAUUUGCUGUUUGUCUAUUUCUGCCCCAACUGUCUGAACCUAGCUAGAUCCCAGGAUUGCUGCAGGAUACCACAGUAGGGGGUGAUACCAGGGAGAGUGGGAGUUUUCUCCCCCACAAUGCACUGAGCAGGGGAGGAGGGAGGGAGCCGUGCUGCUGACAUAUUCUGGCAUUCCCCCCCUCCUGGAAUAAAAUGGGGCAUAUGAGGGAUGGGGCAGUCUGCUUAGGUUGCUUGUAAGAAAUCUGGAGAAGCAUGGUUGUCCCAUUGAACAAUAUUUGAGAGAAAAAAAAACUACUGUAAAUAACUGGUUUUUGUCUUUUGUCAAAUAAAGUUGUUUGGUUUUAUUUUUAAA